AUGCAAACUAGAAAGGCUUUUUCUUGGAUAAAGGAAGAGAUUACUCGAUCCAUUUCCGUAUUGCUCAUGAUAUAUAUAAUAACUGGAGCACCCAUUUCAUAUGCAUAUCCCAUUUUUGCCCAGCAAGGUUAUGAAAAUCCGCGAGAAGCUACCGGCCGGAUUGUAUGUGCUAAUUGUCAUUUAGCUAAUAAGCCCGUAGAUAUUGAGGUUCCACAAACUGUACUUCCCGAUACGGUAUUUGAAGCUGUUGUUCGAAUUCCUUAUGAUAUGCAAGUGAAACAAGUUCUUGCUAAUGGUAAAAAGGGGGCUUUGAAUGUGGGGGCUGUUCUUAUUUUACCAGAGGGCUUUGAAUUGGCCCCUCCUGAUCGUAUUUCGCCCGAGAUUAAAGAAAAGAUAGGUAAUUUGUCUUUUCAAACCUAUCGUCCCACAAAAAAAAAUAUUAUUGUGGUAGGCCCCGUUCCUGGAAAGAAAUAUAGUGAAAUUACCUUUCCUAUUCUUUCUCCAGAUCCCUCUACUAAGAGAGAUGUUCACUUCUUAAAAUAUCCUAUAUACGUAGGCGGUAACAGAGGAAGGGGUCAGAUUUAUCCCGACGGGAGUAAGAGUAAUAAUAAUGUUUAUAAUGCUACAGCAACUGGAAUAGUAAACAAAAUCAUACGAAAAGAAAAAGGUGGAUACGAAAUAACGAUAGUGGAUGCAGCGGAUGGACGUGAAGUGAUUGAUAUUAUCCCUCCAGGACCAGAACUUCUUGUUUCAGAGGGUGAAUCCAUCAAACUUGAUCAACCAUUAACUAGUAAUCCUAAUGUGGGUGGGUUUGGUCAGGGGGAUGCAGAAAUAGUCCUUCAAGAUCCGUUACGUGUCCAAGGUCUCCUGUUCUUCUUCGCAUCGAUUAUUUUGGCACAAAUCUUUUUGGUUCUUAAAAAGAAACAAUUUGAGAAGGUUCAAUUGUCCGAAAUGAAUUUCUAG